AUGCUGCCAAAUGAUGGAAAAGUUGACUCCAAUCGCGAAAAAUUAUUCGUAACAAGUACUGAAGAAGCUAACCGUCCGCUAAUAAUUAAGGAAACAUUGCCAGCACCAAUUAAUCAAUCUGCUAUUGAUAGGAUUUUCCAGGAAAGCAUUUUGCAAAGACCUGGUUUUAAACAUUGGACUGAUAAAUGGGAUACCACCUUUAGUGGAAGUGCAACAACCUCAGUCUCUUCUACCACAUUAGACUUUGACUGGGAUUACUAUGAUAGCAGAAAUUAUUUGUCGACCAAUCAGUUUAAUGACAAGAAUACAGCUAUUACUUCAGCUACACCAAUGUUUGAGUCCUGCGGUAAUUCAUGCGGUGAACUAUCAGAGUAUUCAGAUAAUUUUUCUGGGAUGAAAACUGAAACAUCUUGGCCGAUGGAAUAUAAAGAGUUGGGAAAACCGGAGCAAGAAGAUAAGGAAAACUACUACGAUGAAGUAGAGGAUGAGCACAGGACUCCUAUUGCGUUUUCACGGCAUUCUAGCUUGAAAAAGCACCUGAGCACUUUCAUGGAUACCAUUCCAGCGAAACCUUUUCAAAAGAUAACAUCAGUGAAGCAUGAGACUCAGGACGAUAUUGAACCCUUUGCUGCAAACAGUAAUCUUCAAAAUGCCAACGUUGUGAAAUCAAAAUCUGAGCUGCAUAUUAUUACUAAUAAUAGAAGAAACCAAAAAGGAGAAGAUUCAGAGAAGCAUCACGGACAUUCCAAAAUUAUUGGUCCAUUCAAGAAACUCAUAUUUCGGUCGCCAAAUCAUAACUCCCUUCCAACAAAUCCAGCGAUGAAAGAGUCGAAAAAUACAGGCCAAUCUAAUAUAGCAGUAUUGUCUUUCUUAAAGUUCAAAAAAAGACCCAAAAAUGAAAGAACAGAAUUUUUGCUAAAAUCAAACAAAUCAAUGGGAGCGCAAACACUACAAAACAACGAUGAACAAUUGAAUUCUUUGGUACCAAUGAAGAAAUCUCGUAAGGACGGCUUUCUCAAAAGAAGAAAUUUUAUACUGAAAUUUUCUAAUAAGCAGAAGAAUAUGUCGACUCAAACUGCUCAUAGAUCUUUAAAAUCACAACAAAAAAUGAUGAACAAUACUGUAAAGAACGCAACAAAUGGCUUACAAUUUUCAUACAUGCGGAAAAAGCCAAAGCGGAAAAAGCUUACUAAUCGUUUUGCUUAUUACAUACAAAAGCCUGAAAUUGGCGAUGCGCAGGGUAAAAACUUGGUAUUGGAGUUGCAACGCGAUAUUUGGACCAAUAUUGUCAAUAUAUCUCGAGAAGAGUCAUUUCGAAAGAAAAAUAAACUUCUCCCUGAGGUUCUGACCACACCAAUACAAGUAGAAAGUACUGUGUUUAAUCCAUCUAUUGAGCAUAGAAUUUUGGUAAAAAAGAUUAGGUUGAAAAGACCUAUCCGAACAAGGAAUGCAAAACUUUUUUAUUCAAUCAAACCAGGUGAAAUGCCUAUUUUAGAAGUGUCUUGA